AUGUCGCCAUUGCGCUUCCGUCUUGUUGCCUCUUCGCAGCUAGCGCACAGGACUUGCGAAGCGUCUGACGUCACCUUCGGUAAAUUCCGUUUUCACCCGAUGCCUGACGACACGAAUGGUGAGCGAGGAAUCACAUAUAAGACACCAGAAGCUGCUUUAGGAAUUAGCUUAUUCAUUUUCAACCAGGUCGCGUUUGGGGGCGGGGCCUGGACCAUGGGCGACUCGGAGCCUCAGAUCACCGCCAAUUACCGCUUCAGGAAAAUUUUUGAAUUUCUUCGCUCGGACAUCUUCAUCAUCAUCGCAGUGGUGCUGGUCGUAGUAUUUCUGGCUGUUUCGGUCUUCUGCUGCAUCCACCGGCGGCGCCAGGCCAAGAGGCUCUUAAUGCACAGACUGACUGAGAUUGUGGUCGUCAGAUCUGGAUCCGAUAGUCAAAAUGGUCGACCCAAGUACUCGUUCAGGAUCAGAACGGAUCAGGACCACGCGACCAAGCUGGUGCAGAUCAUAACGGCUUACCCCGAGAGCGCGCAGUCGGCUCCCACGCUCCAGCGGCAGCGCGCGCCUCAGUCCAGACCGGACCUGGAGGAGCCCGGGCCCAGCGGGCAGGUGGCCUACCGCCAGUGCAGAUCCGCCACCCUGGACACAGCAGGCCCACGCAAAUGGCCCAGGAACGCUCGGCCCGAGGAGCGUCUCAGCGACAGAGACUCAGCCGAGCGCGUCUCUGCGCCUCUCAUCCUCCUAACUACCGAGGUUCCGCCUCUCUUGUCCUCCAAAGUUCGGCAAAUGGUCACCUACCAUGCUCUCAAGGCCAGCCAAUCAGCACCUGACAUUCUCUCCUAAAUUCGGCCAAUCGGCACGUUAUCCUUCUGAUCUCAACAAAUCGGCACCCCUUCCUCGACCAGAAGUACCGGUUUUAACCAGUGGGGGCAGCAGAGCUUUCUGGAGAUAGUUGCAGGUUCCGUCACACAAAGGUUCCUUAAUGACAUUGCAAUAAGUAUGUAAUACUAUGUCAGUUCUACAGUAUGAGAGCGAAAGUACAUUACAACUUUGCUAGUUGCCUAUGAGAAUGCAGCAGAAUGAUAGGCUAUAAUGUAACGUCUAACAAUGAGAAAUAUAGGCGAACAGUCUGCUCAUUCGGCUGAAUGGGUAGGCAAAAGCAGCGUCCACCGUUUCGUUCUUGCUACCGCUGCAGAGCAGCAUCACUGCAUUUCUCCCAACGCAUCCACGGCAGUUUCCAAACGCAACAACCGCUGUUACCUGAAAAAAAAAAAAAAAAGCAAUACAAGACACGAUAGCAUUCUAUUGAGUUGAAUCGUUGCAAAUAAAGAUAAGACACUAGAGGAACAUAAAGAUAAGCUUGCUUGACUGUCAUUUGCAGGCUAGGCUACAGAAUCGCUGUCAAUUUCAUACACCCUAUCCUAAUCUAUUGAACGCUACAUCAGUGCAUGCGGUCAAUGCGCAAGAAUAAGCGGCUAUUUGACACCACUGAAAGGACCUGCCACAGAAGCCGUAAAAUGAUUUCUGCGAACACUAAUAUAUCUGUAAACUGGCUAUUAAACACCAGGCUUUCGCUGGGGACACGUAGAAGAAGGUUACAAAUAUAGAUCAACAGUUGAAAACAUUUUUUUUUUUUUUAAAGAACUGCCCUUUGAUCCGCCACCAAAACAACUGGGAUGAUUUAUAGUUUGGAACAACACUCAAAAAGGAUGUGGUAACAUCUAACACACUUUUCUGUGAUACUUUUAUGUUUCUUUCAGCACAUUUUUGUCAAAGUUACUACUUUUUUGUGUUAUAAAUACACUUGUAUGUGUUACGAAGGGAGGCUGCAUGCAUGUGGCAGUGAAAUAAAUGAGCCCGUUUUAA